AUGGCAGUUGAAAUCGAUAUGACCAAUAUUGGUAGCAAUGGAAGUACAGCCGCUCCAGCUGCAGUAGCUGCAUCAAUAAUAAAUGAAACUAAACAACUAUAUAACAAUACAAAUAAUAAUAAUACCAAUAAUAAUGUAAAAUCUAAAACACCGAAUAAUAAUAAUAAUAAUAAUAACUGUAACCAUUCAGCAUCCGAAAGUAGUUUUAAUAAUAAUAUUCAAGAUGAAUAUUAUCCCGACGAAACAACUACUAUGACAAAAGAUAUAAAAUACAAUCUUGUACUUCAAAAACAUAUGACUGAAGAACAUUAUGAAAAGCUGGCUGGACUCUUUACAGAAUAUGGGGUUUGGACAGCCACUGGAAAGAAUACAAAGUUGACACCAGCCAGACUACGACAAUGGUAUCUAUUCGACGAGAAUUGUGGUGCUGUUAUUGCCACUUGUCACAAAGGUAAUCAUUUGGGACAAGCUCUAUUUAGAAGGUUUUCAGUUCCUUCUGCUGGUACUGGUAAUACUGCAUCGUCAGCUCAAGUAGAAGCAAUUUGGAUAUCACAAUUGUUGGUUUCACGAGAACACCGACAAAAGGGUAUUGCAAAGUCAAUGCUCAAACACUCACUCGACAAGUUGGAUUGGCAAAUGGCAGGUAUUGCAAGUUGCAACCCAUACGCUAUAAAGUCAUUGGAACGAGCUACCAACUCUAAAACCGAUGCCCAACAUAACCUACGACACUCCAAUAUCAUGCAACACUGUGGUGUACCAUAUAUUGUAAAGGCACCAAUUGUCCCGACGACACCCAACCAUCUCUACUACAUCGACACCAAUUUCCAUAUCGACACUGACCAUAUCCCAGAGAUUCUAACAAGAGAAAUGUCUCGUGGUAACUGGCACCUAGGCAACUACCUUCCAAGAGGUUUCGAAUUUUUAUCAAUCAUUCUAAAGAAAUAA